CACUUUUCACAAUAUAUUUUUAAAAUGCAGAAUUUUGCAAGAAACGAUAUUUUUUUCGAUAAAAAAAAUUAAAUGUUAGAUAUAAAAGCAGAAGGUUUCAGAAGAGAACAUCAGUCUCAAAUCUUGUCUCAAGCACAGUUUUUUGAUGUAAAUAAAAUACUAAUUAUAAUAUUUCUAGAUAUAAUAUUAAAGAUGAAGUUAUUUCUAUAUUUAUUUGCUAUAAUUGCUACUUCUCAGGCACUUACUGACAAAGAUGAGUGGAUCAAUUUCAAAGCAAAGCAUGGAAAAAUCUACAAAAGUUCAAUAGAAGAAAUUAAACGCUUCUCAAUUUUCCAGUCCAACUUACGUAGAAUUGAAUCACAUAAUACAAAGGAAGAACGAGGCUUUUCAUCUUUUAGAAUGGGUGUGACCAAAUUUGCAGAUCUCACUCGUCAUGAGUUCAAAGACAUGAUGAAGUUAUCGAAGCGACAGAAGCCAAAAAGUUAUGGAAGCAUUAGAAAAUUCGACGAUACAAAAGAUAUUCCAGCUGAAGUAGAUUGGAGCAAGAAAGGAGCAGUUACCGAAAUCAAAGAUCAAGGACAAUGUGGGUCAUGUUGGUCUUUCAGUGCAACUGGCACAAUAGAAGGAGCCAACUUUAUCAAAACUGGUAAACUAAUUUCAUUAAGUGAACAAAAUCUGGUAGACUGUGAUUCUGAUUGCUACGGUUGUGGAGGAGGAUAUAUGAUUGAUGCACUAAAAUACGUACAGAAAAAUGGAAUUAUGGCCGAAGAUAAAUAUCCCUAUAAAGCAGAAGACGAGAAAUGCCGUUUUAAUUCCUCUGAGGUGGCUGUUAAAAUUUCGUCUUUUACUCAAAUAAAAUCUGGCGAUGAAAAUGAUCUUCAACAGAAAGUUGCUUUAGUUGGACCUGUUUCUGUUGCUAUAGAUGCAUCUUGGAAUUUUCAAUUGUACUCAUCAGGUGUUCUCGAUGAUGAUUCUUGCGAAAAUUCAGAAGAAUCGUUAGAUCACGGCGUUUUGGCUGUUGGAUACGGAACUAAACAUGGUCAAGAUUAUUGGAUUGUGAAAAAUUCUUGGGGAGAAGAUUGGGGAAUAAAAGGCUACGUCUGGAUGUCAAGGAAUAAAAACAAUCAAUGUGGAAUUGCUACUGAUGCUGUCAUAGCCAUUGCGUAAAAUUUUGUUUAUUUUUUUUUGUUGUACUUUAUUGUAGGUAAAUUUAAUUUUUAGAUCAAUCUGAUUUCUCUCAGUUUACUGUUUAAAACAGUUUCAUAAAUUUUAAAAACUAAAAUAUUUUUUACUUGUUUAAUGAAAAUUAUGUAUCACACGUUAUCAUAGCAGAUAUUUUUUUUUAAUCUGCUCAUAAAUAUGAUUUUAUUUAGAUAUUUUAUUAUCUAGUUGUAAUGUUAUCCAUGUAAGCCUGUUUAUAAUAAAUAAAAUAAUUAAAAAUGUUAAUUGUAUAAUUAAUACACAUAAUAAAUUGACGAAUUACUAUUUAUUGUAUUGUGGCAAUUAUUUUGAAUUGUUAUCCAUUUAUACAGUGCACCAAGACCAAAUCAUCUCUUAGUUAUUUCUAUAAUUUGAAAUUACUCGUUUCUCUUAAAAUGGUUAUAAUUCUUUUUAUCAGACCUAUUAAUUGAAAAAGUAGCUUUUAUACCUUUAAUGCCACUAGAAUUAUUUAAAAUUAAUUAUAGCAGCAUUCAAGUCAAAACAUUAGAUUAACUGAUUCU